GAAGUAAUAUAAUUGUUAUAUGAUCUAUAAAUUUAAUAUAACCCAACAUAAAAAGAAAGAUAAUUUUUGUUUUAAAAGCCCAAUCCAAAACAAAAGGAAAUUAAUAAUAAAGGAAAUUAAUAAUGAAAGUUUUCAAUUUUGACCUAGUUGCCCACGUUUUGAUCUUUGUGUUUCUUUCUUUUAGCUUUUGUCGCAGGCAAACAAAAACACUACGAACAAGCUCAGCAAAAAAGAUAAAAGGUAAACUAAAUGAAAAUUUUGAUUUUCGAUUUAAGUAGCAAGAAAUUGUGGAAACAUCGAAUUCUAGUCUUGUGCUAAUCUUUCUUAAUUUUUUUUACAGAAACAAAUUUAAUGGAAAAAUAUUUCAAGCCUAAGAGAAAAUUUGUGUCUACAUCUGAAAACCCUGAGGAUGAUUUGCCUUCUCCAAAGAAAACUGAUUCUGAAGUUGAUUUGGAGAAUUUACCUAUUGAUCCUGGAGAUAGGAAAAGGAUAACCGAAUAUCCUCCAAAUCAAAGAGAUGAGGUAAGACGUAAAUAUCUUAUGAGAGGUCCUUGUCAACCUCGUGGUCAUGAAUUUCCUAAAACAUUGUUUCAAAGUAAACUGAAACGAUUCAAUCCCUCUUGGUUUGAUCUCUAUGGCGAUUGUUUAGAAUAUAGUGUGAAAAAGGAUAAAGCAUUUUGUUUGUUCUGCUACUUGUUUAGAGACUACACUGAAAACAAAUGUGGAAAUGAUACAUUGUGGUCAAUGGAUUUGAUGACUGGAACAAGACAGAGAGAUUACGAGAUCAUGUAGGAGCAGUGAAUAGUUUUCACAAUAGGGCAUUGAAAAGGGCUGAUUAUCUGAUGAUACCAGAACAAUCAAUUUUUCAUGCUUUUUAUAAGCAGAAUGACGCAGUCAAAAAUGAAUACAAGAUCAGAUUGAAUGCUUCAAUUGAUGCUUGUUGGUUUUUAUUAAGACAAGGACUCUCAUUCCGAGGUCAUGAUGAAUCAGUGAAUUCAGUUAACAAGGGAUACUUUUUGGAGCUUGUGAAAUAUACUGCAGAGCAAAAUGAGGUUGUAAGUAAAGUUGUGUUAGAGAAUGCUCCAAAAAACAACCAGAUGGUGUUCCACAAAAUUCAGACAGAUAUAGCUCAUUGCUUUGCGGAAGAAGUUAUUGAAUCUAUUAUUAAAGAAGUUGGUCAUGAAGUAUUUUGUUUGUUGGUGGAUGAAUCUGCAGACGUUUCUGAUAAAGAGCAAAUGGCAAUAGUUUUUCGCUUUGUUGAUACACUUGCGAUAGUUAAAGAAAGGUUUCUUGGUCUAGUUCAUGUGAAAGAAACUUCUUCUUUAUCGCUAAAGAGUGCUGUUGAUUCAUUGUUUGCUAAACACGGAUUGAGUAUGAAGAAGUUAAGAGGACAAGGUUACAAUGGAGCGAGUAAUAUGAAGGGCGAAUUCAAUGGGCUGAGAGCUUUAAUUCUGAGAGAAUGUAGUUCUGCAUAUUAUGUCCAUUGUUUUGCUUAUCAACUUCAGUUAGUUGUCGUUGCAGUUGCUCAGAAGCAUUUUGAAGUUAGAGAUUUCUUUGAAAAGAUUGUUGUCUUGUUGAAUGUUGUUGGAGCUUCUUGUAAGAGGAAAGAUAUGGUUCGAGAAGACUACCGGAAGAAAAUUGAGGAGAGAAGUAAGAAAGGGGAAAUUAAGACUGGAAAAGGACUGAACCAAGAGGUUUCAUUUCAAAGACCCGGUAAAACUCGUUGGUGUUCUCAUUAUAAAACAUUGCUGCGGUUGGUUGAUUUGUUCGCUUCUAUCAUUAAAGUACUUGAGUAUGUUGAAAUCGAUGGAAGUGAUGGUAUAUUCAAAAGACGUCAAGCUAAUGGUCUUCUCAAGUACUUCCACACCUUUGAUUUUGUGUUCUACUUACAAUUGAUGUUGCUUCUUCUUGGGAUCACAAAUAACUUGUCAAAGGCUCUCCAAAGGAAAGAUCAAGAUAUUUUGAAUGCUAUGUCACUUGUUAAAUCCACCAAGCAACAGUUGUACAAAAUCAGAGAUGAUGGAUGGGUAUCUCUAAUAAAUAAAGUUUCUUCCUUCUGUAAGAACUACAAGAUUGAGUUCUUAGUUAUGGAUGAUGAGUUUGAUUCAAAGAAUUGAAGGAAAAGAAGCAAUAUAAGCAACUUGCAUCAUUACAAGGUGGAGUGCUUUUACACUGUAUUGGAUAUGCAGAUUCAAGAGUUUAAUGACCGUUUUGAUGAGGUAAACACAGAACUACUUGGCUGCAUUGCUUCCUUGAGCCCCACUAAUUCAUUUCAGGAGUUUGAUCAGUUAAAAGUUAUGAGAUUGUCUGAGUUUUAUCCUGAAGAUUUGAGUCCUAUUGAGCGAAUUACUCUUGAGCAUCAACUAGGUCUCUAUAUUGACAAUAUUCGGGAGGAUGAAAGAUUUUCUAAUUUGAAGGAUCUUGGAGAUCUUGCAUGCAUGAUGGUGAAGAAAAAGAAACAUCUUUCACAUCCUUAGAUUUAUCGGCUUUUGAAGCUAGUGUUGACUUUACCUGUUGCCACCGCUACAGUUGAAAGAUGUUUUUCAGCGAUGAAGAUUGUGAAGACUAGCCUGCGAAACCGAAUAAGUGAUCAGUUUUUAAAUGAUUGUGUUGUUUGCUUUGUUGAAAAAGAGUUGUUUGAGAAAGUAACAAACGAAGCAGUUGUUAAACGAUUCCAAAAUAUGGAAUCUCGUAGGAUAAAUUUGUAAGGUUUUUUUAGUUAUGAAACUUUUUUUUAUCUAAAUGAGUUAGUAUUAAAGUGCCCCCAAUUAAUAAUAAUUCUGGAUCCGCCACUGGUUGUAUGGAUGAAAAUGGAUUUUGUGAGUCGACGCUCCAAAUUAAACAUUUUUAUUUCGUCAAUGCUUAAGUGCAAAUUGUAAAAAGAAAAUCAAAUAAAAUUUUCAGACUAAAACUGACAUGUGUAUUGUUGUUUCUAAAGUCAAUAUGAUUGAAAAUAACCAUACAAAAUGGUGGUUUUGAUGAUACAAAUAAUAUCUUAUAAUGAUGAUAUGUAUAUUAACGAAAGCCAUACCGUGUGAGCCUAGAUUGUUAUGCUCAGCGACGAUCGCGAAGAAGAAGUUGAUUGAGAAAGAUGUUGUGAUGUUUGUGGAUGAGUUUGUGAAUGUAACUGGGUUGCUGUCGAAAGCGACCGUGUGUGUGUUUUGUUGUGUUGGUUAAAGUGAAGUAGCCGUUGUAGCCGAUUCCUACAGAUCCUGUUGGG